CUCAAUAAUGGCAAAUUCAGUUGUGCUUUCUGAUCUGGAUUUUCUGGACUAUUAUGUAGAUGGUAAUUACAGUGAUGUCUACGGCACCUUUGACCCUAACAGUAUAGCAGCAGCAGCCUCACCUUGCAGAAUUAAUGUUACACCAGAUGUUUUCAAGUACCUAGUGGCAUUCAUCUACGGUCUCACAUGCCUUCUGAGCCUGGUGGGAAACUCCUUGGUGGUUCUGGUGAUUGCCUACAACAAAGGAAACCGUUCUGCCACAGAUGUGUAUCUUCUGAACCUUGCCAUUGCUGAUCUCCUCUUUGCACUUAGUUUGCCAUUCUGGGCUGUAGAAAGAGUGCAUGAAUGGAUCUUUGGCACUCCCAUGUGCAAAAUCCUGUCACUCCUGAAGGAAGUCAACUUCUACAGUGGCAUCCUCCUGCUGGCCUGUAUCAGCAUGGAUCGCUACCUGGCAAUCGUUUAUGCUACCCGGGCAGUCACUCAGAAGAGGAGCUGGGUCAAAUUUGUCUGCGUUGGCAUCUGGCUGUUCUCCUUCCUCUUCUCCCUUCCUGGGAUUAUCUUCCGUGUGGCUUACCUACCACCUGAUUUCUACAAGUGUGUUUGCUAUGAAAAUAUUGAAGGGAAUCAGACAUCUGAGAUUAGAGUGAAACUGAGAAUCCUGCCACAAACGUUUGGCUUCUUUCUUCCCUUGAUCAUCAUGCUCUUCUGCUAUGGUGUGACGGUACACAGACUCUACCAGACUAAUAACAGUCAAAGAAAGAAGGCCAUGAAAGUCAUCUUGGCUGUGGUGCUGGUCUUCCUGGUCUGUUGGCUGCCCUACAAUAUCUCUCUGCUUCUUGAUACGUUAAUGAGGUCUGGAGCUAUUGGUGAAACCUGUGACCUUCGCAACAGCAUUGAUGCAGCCCUUUCGGGUACUGAAAUCCUGGGAUUUGCUCACAGCUGCAUAAACCCCAUCAUAUAUGCCUUCAUAGGGCAGAAGUUCCGGAACAACUUCCUCAAGAUCCUGGUCACAAGAGGCAUCAUCAGCAAAGAAGCCUUGACUCGGUUUAGAAGGGGUUCCUCCUUCUCAUCGACCUCUGGCAUCACAUCUACCACUCUGUAAUAGCCAUGCUUGUAAGGAGGCUUCAAGAGUCAGACUCACUAAAGUGAUACCACUGAGAUGCUUAAAAAAACACACCUGUAUACCUUUGGGUAUAGGGCGGUGUAGAAAUAAUAAAAUAAAUAAAAUAAAAAUAAUCUGCCAGUAUUAGCUUAGAUUCAGCAAUGAUUAUUGAUGACACAAAACAUCCCAACAUGCUUGUCAGGAAAGCAAAUAUGUCUAUUUUCCUCCCAGAAAGUUUUUGUGAUUCAAAUAAUCUGAACAUUUGCACAUCAGGUAUUGUACACCCAGAAACAUGUAUAAUGUUCUCAAAUGGAAUUCUGUGCAUUAAAACCAAGAUGGCUACCAGGUUAUGUCCAGUGCAGAUAAUAUACAGUUCUUUGAUAAAUGAUAGCCAGACAAUAUCCUGUUCUUCGAUAGCCAAUCUGUCUAAAGUAGAAUCCUGUAACA